CAUAUUAAAGUGUAUAAUUAUUCUUCUGCGAAACAUCCACUUAAAGAUCGAUUCUGACUUCGCAUAAACUCCAGUGUGUAUCAAUUAAAUCUUUCUAAAUGUAAAACCUGACUGGAUUCAGGAUUUAAAGCUAGCCACGUGACCAAGGCUUCAACCCAAUGAGAUAAAGGAAAUGAAGUAAUGACGAACGCCUCUUUCUUUGGAUAUCAGCGUGUGACAUAUGAAAAGGGAAUAUUAAAAAGGUGUUUAUGCAAAGUCAGAUUUGAGGUCCAUUUACACAAGUCUCGUCCAACUGAGAAAAGUCAACAAGUGUUUACAGGACAUUCAUAGCCUGUACGGUCAACUCUCAGAAUGGACAAUCAUUUACUUAGAAGUUGCCUUUUAAUUUUCACAGGACUUUUCGUAGAGGCCAUCACGACAGGAAAGUUUAUGAGUAACAACUGUAAUACAAAGCGUGAGAUUUUUGUAAAGGACAGCAUUGCAUUCAAACUAACAAACCAGCCUCUGAGCGACAGACCCCUCCAACAGCUGCAUUGUACGUCUGACCUCGUAACAGAGCCUGAUGGACGGCUUCUGAUUCACUUCAUAUCAUUGAGCAUCAGUAUAGAAAACGAUACGCCGGAUAAUUUGCAUAUUUACGACUUUGAUUCAAAGGGACAAGCACAGAUGGUAACUCCAGCAAGCGGCCUCUUUGGAAUUUAUGACAAAUUUUACAAACGCGCAAGUAUCGGUGUUGGGGAUUACAUUUCUACAGGCAAUCGUUUCCGGUUGACAUAUGUUGGUUCUCCAACACUCACAUACAGUGGAUUUGACAUCCUGAUUACAUCUGUUAAAGAUGUCCAAAGAGAUGGGUCGUGUCCACGCCUGUAUGGGAGGUGUUCCGGUAAGAACUUAUGUGUUCAGUACUCAGUGUGGUGUGACGGAGAAGAGAACUGUGGGGAGGGGGAUGUCAGUGACGAGGAAACCUGUGACGACGUCAUCACCGCGGACUGGAAGUACACUUAUUACACAACGAUGGCAGUUGUGACAGCUAUCAUUUCCAUUGUGUUCUUUUUAUCAACAAUAGGAGUCGUUGUUUGUCUGCUGAGAAGGUACAACCGCAGGAAUAGGAUGAGGAGUAUGAGCAUCACAGUCAGUGCAAAGAAAGACGGAGACAAGUGGACCAUAACGAAUAAUCUUGGACUACCCUUGAGUAUGGCCCCGCCUCUUUAUGACGACAUUGUUCUCCAGCGACAGGACGAGCCUCCUCCGUCAUACGAUACGCUUCGUUUCAAACAAGCGACAAACACUGCUUCAGAGGAACAAAAUGUGACCACGAAUGAGUGUAUAACAGUUGCUUGCAUCGAAACACUCAAUCCUAUGUGUGGCUUUACGGAUGACGUGUUAUGUCUUCAAGAUAAUAGUCUUGAUGAAUUUUCUCUCGCUCAAACUGAGAGAGGAGAGCUGGAGGCGCAAAACAAAGAAUGUCCCUUAAAUAAUACUAAAUCUAUUGAUGGUUUGCAAAAGGGAUAUUUACUUUCUUCGUGCAAUAAUGUAAAUAUACAUACCAACUCUUCAGUUGAUAAAGAAAACAGUGAUGGUAGUGAAAAUGACGAUGAGAUCGACGCAGAAAAGACUGCUGCAACAAAAGUAAAUAUAUGUUCAACAUCUUCCCAGUGUAGUGUGGAAACUGGUUUCGUUUCCAUGGAAUCGAACUCUCCAAGGGACAGUGGUAGCGAAGACUCUCCACGCCAUGACGUGAUAGCUAACCAAGUCCAUCAGAAAAGUAACUUGGAUACAGAAGGAAUGCCACUCCUAAUUCAGUAUAGAAAACAUGCCACUAGAGCAAGCAAUGAACACAUCAAAUUUAUUGACGAACUAUGUGAAGAUUCAAACAUAAUCAACUAAAUGAAACAUGUAUAGCAAAAUUUUACUUUUUUAUCCGAACAUGUUCAUUGAUACUAUCUAUGAUUAAGUUCUUCCCAGCAGUGUUUCACUGGUAUUGUCAAUAAGUUCUUAAACUUUUCGCAGUGGACCUUAUGUUUGAAAGUCGCCUUCAAUAAAUUCCAUUUUUUUAAUUUUGA